AUGGUGAUGCUCCAGAUCCCCUCCCCGCAGGCCGGCCGGCGCCCGCUCCUCUCCGUGGUCGCCGUGGUGUCUAUAGAAGGAGCUCAGCGCCCUACUCCUCUUCGACGGAGGCUUGAGGCGCGGUGCCGGCUUGGUGUUUCUGAGAAAGGGCAAGAUUCCGAGCUAGCCGCCGAGCUCCCUCACGGAGGGGUCAGAGCUCCAGGUGAGCUUGGCCUGGAGAUCCCCGUCUUCGGCUUCAUCGAGCGGGAUCAGGCAUCUGCGGACGACCCCCUCCUUGGAGCUGAACGAGGGGAGCACGGGCCACCACCGAACGCCGCCAGAAGACAACGCCUACGCCGCGAGUUUAUCAAUGUUAAUCUGGUCCUGGCGAAGGGGGACAUGAAGACAGUAUUCGGAGAAGGAGAUGUGGACCCAACCAAACAUGAGGGGAGUUGGAGUCCGUGCAAGACCUGCCCAACACCGGAAACAUUCUCAUCACCGUCGACUUCUGAUGUCCCCUACCGUGUCACUGUCAGGAUGCCCACCCCAAGAUCAUUUAACGGUGAGCCAGCUACAAGUCUACAACAAUGUAGAGAGGAAUUUUUGGGGGCUUGGGGCAGCAGCACACCCAUUUUCGAUAUAUAUUAUUCCUCCCCUUUUGGCAGAAAACAAUACUGGUCUGUUAUUCUGUGCAAGGAUAGGGCCUCUUUGAUCUGAACCAUG